GCUAAUAUAAAUUAUGUCAAGUAAAUUUCUUAGUGUUAUUGGUUUAAAAGAAUGCAUUGGUCGGGGGAAUCCUUUAGAAGCCAAGGAGAUAUUGGAAAAUAUUUCAAAAUUUUUCGAUGAUCGAUUGUCAAAAGCUGAAUUAGGUAUGGUUAUUAUUCCAUAUCUCGAGUAUAUGUACAAUAGUAUAUGUACAAUAGUUAAAAUUUAAAGUUUUUGUUUACAUCUGUCUUUUCUAAAAUAAUAAUUUAAAGUUUCAUAAAAACAAAAAUCUAAAACUAAAAGUACAUUGGGAUAGUAAUUUAUUAAAUUGGAACAAGUAGUUUAAAUGUUAUUAGUAUUUAUUUUUAAUGUGAAGUGGCUUAUGUUUAAUUGUGAAUACAUAUUCGGAAAAGAUUUGAGGGAUGUGGUUAAUUCAAGCAAUUAUUGUUCAUGUGAUUUUUCUUGGAUCCAUCUUUGUAAUAUAUUUCCGAUCACCAAUAUUAACAACAUUAACACCUCAAAAUGAUUUAGAAAAUCCACCGGCACGCCGAUUAGUACUUAUCGUAACGGAUGGACUUCGCGCUUCUUCGUUUUAUAAAGAUAAAAGUAAGCUAGUUCCCAAUAUUAAGAGUAUAUUUUUAGAGCAAGGGUGCAUAGGUAUUUCCCAUACAAGAGUACCUACGGAAUCGCGUCCUGGUCACAUUGCUUUGAUAGCUGGUUUAUAUGAAGAUCCUUCUGCCGUAACGAAAGGUUGGAAAGAGAAUCCAAUUGAUUUUGAUUCAGUUUUCAACAGGAGUUAUAUAACAAGGGCGUGGGGAGCGAGCGAUAUUUUAUCUAUUUUUGCAAAAUGUACCGACAAGGAGAAAAUUGAAAUAUUUAUGUAUGAUCACGAUUUGGAUUUUUCGGGAAAAGAUAAAACGUAUAAACUUGAUGAGUGGGUCUUCGAUAGAUUUGAAAAAUUUCUUGAAAGUUCUGAUAAAAUUAAACUAAAAUCUGAGAGGAAGGUUAUAUAUUUUUUGCAUUUAUUGGGACUAGACUCUUCUGGACAUAUUCAUCUGCCGAAUACCAAAUUAUUUAAUGAAAAUUUAAAUUAUACUGAAGGAAGAAUUUACGAUCUAUACCAAAAGUUUGAAGAAAUUUUUGAUGAUAAAUUGACUGCCUAUAUCUUGACAUCAGAUCACGGCAUGUCUGAUACCGGAGCACAUGGAGCAGGCUCUCAAGCAGAAACUGAUACACCAUUGUUUGUUUGGGGGGCUGGCGUUAAAACUUGUACAAAAGAUAAUUUAAUAUCAAAAAAUUAUAUAAAAUUUGGGCGGUAUGAAAUUCCAUUGUUAGAAGUUGAGCAAGCAGCUGUAGCUCCUUUGAUGAGUUCUCUCAUUGGUGUUGCAGCGCCAAUGAAUAAUUAUGGCAAAUUACCAGUUGAAAUCUUAAACGUUUCGGAUGAAUACGCAGCAGAAGCCGUUUUCAAUAAUGCAAAGCAAAUUCUACUUCAGUAUGAAACAUUGCACUCUGAAUUUGAUACUGGUCUACUUUCAAAUUACUUACCCCGUUUUAAUAAGCUUGAAAUUGCCACCAUCAACAUUUUCACUGAAAUUAAUUUACAUAAAAUUCGAAUUAAAGAUUUUAAUUACGUAAUUUCAAAUUCAAAAACUAUGAUCUCAACAGCUUUGGAAGGAAUUGAGUUUUAUCAAAAAUAUUAUCAAAAUUUGUUAUUGUUUUGCGUUACGAUUGCAAUUUUAGGUUGGAUAGUUUAUUUAUUUUUAAACAUUUGCAACAUUCUUUCUAGAAGGACUUCUAAUUUAGUUUUAAUUGUUGGAUUUUUGAUUUUAAAGAUUCCUCUACUGUUAAUACAUUUACAAGGUAUUCCUAGUUCAAUUGGGUUAUACAUUUUAUUACCGGUAAUAAUUUGGACAGUCACCUUAAGUAAGUUUCCUUUUGGUGGAAAAAAAUUAAAUGUCACAUGUCGGGAUUUAUGGGAAUUGUUCAAAAUAUUAGUCGGUUCUCAAGUUUUAGUUUACUCCUUUGUUCGAAAAGAAAUCGUUUCAAUUGUUUUUUUCAUAUUUUCUAUGAACAAGUUACAUGUAAUUUAUAAUGAUAAGGAUAAAGGUCCGUCUCAAAUUUUAAAAUUCAUAAUUCUCACGUCAGUUAUAGCAAGUUUUCCAUUUUUGAAAAGUGUUCAUGGUAAUCGAAAUGAUUAUUUUAUGCUAUUAAGUGUGGUUUUAUGGGUGUAUAAAAUUUUGACUGUAAACUUUUUAAAACUCUCCAAAACAUCAAAAAUGUAUUUUAUACUUGAAUUAUUAAAUGUUUAUAUUUGUAUUUACAAGCAUAAUCAUUUGAUUGGUAUACCAAUGGUUAUAUUGGUAUUUUCGUGGGUGUUUCUUAUAGGAAAUUUCACAUUUCCUUUACUUCAAAGCCAAGAUUCGAAAAUUCGUUUAGAAAGCAUUUUAAUAAGUCUUUUCAAUUCCUAUUUUAUGCUAUCAAUUAGCUAUGAACCAAUUUUUUUAAUAUUAUUGAUUACACAUUUGAAAUUUUUAAUGGAGGCCAAUAUAAUAGCCAACUUGAAUUCAAAGCACAGCGCACAAAAUAUUGUAAAUGAGAAUAUUCAUACUCAAAUAGCAAGUUUACAGAUUGCCUUUGUAUUAUUAAUGUAUACCAUUAUUUCAUUUUUUGGAACAGGAAAUAUCGCUUCGGUUAGUUCUUUUGACAUAAAUAUUGUCAGAUGUUUUAUUACAACUUUUUCACCAUUCAUUAUAAUGUUUUUAGUCAUAUUAAAAUUGGCGAUUCCAAUUAUAUUAAUUUUGGCUGUUAUUACAGCAUUGACCAGCGCUCAUCAACAACAAAAGAAAAUAUUUAUGAGUGUACUUAUUAUAUGUAAUUUCAUGGGCAUAACUACUUUGUAUUUAGUGACAAAUAAGGGAUCUUGGUUAGAAAUCGGAGAAUCUAUAUCUAGAUUUGUUAUUAUGCAAGUUACUACAUUAGUUCUUUUUCUAAUAAGUGGAGUAGUUUUACUACUAUUUCAAUUUACUUUAUUUGAUGCAGAAAUAAUAAAAUUUCAUUUACCAACUGAAGCUAGAAAAAUUGUAUAAGCUUGUGGACGCAAAUUUUAUAUCUAUUCUUUAUUUAUGAAUGCUUGUGAAUGUUCAAUUAAUAUUUAAGAAAAAUUCAUUUUGUUCAAAUUAAUGCAUUAAACACAUUUAA